AUGGAUAGUUCUAUAGGCGAAGCAUACAAAAAACGUUUAGUAAUGGCACGUAUCGUGUUCGAAAAUUUUGCAAACUGGGAAGGUUAUGAACCAUAUCCAGCCUCUAGGGAGCUGCUAGCAGCCUUUCUUGCCUGGUUAGAAUCGACAGGAAGAUUAUCUGAAUUAACGGUUUGCUUAGCAGCAAUAGCGAGGGAACAUAAAUUGAGGGAUCUUGAAGACCCAACAAAAG